GAGAGAGAGAGAGAGAGAGAGUAAAUUUGGGGUUUUUUGUGGUCAGACUUCACAGCAUGUUCAGAUGAAGAGAGGGUCUGACCUUAGUUCUAUUGUUCUAUUUUGUGGGUUAAUAAGGCUGAUACUGAGAGAAAGGUUUAUUCUGCAGUUAUCUUUUGGGAAGGAUUGAACUAAUCAGUAGUCAUGGCAAAUACAUCCACCAUCUUCUUGUUGACGUUACUUGUAGGAAUGGCAGAAGGUCAGAAACAGCAGAAAAAUGCCCAUAACAUGACAGGCAUCAGCCCAAGAACUUUCCAGGGUCAUGCCAUCCCCAUUCAGCUUCCUCUUCCUCAAAAUUCAACGGAAACGCAAACACGCUCCUCUGGAGCUGCUGGUCGAGCCCUCGUGUUGUUGUCCAACAGCAGCGCCUCAUACCUCAGGAGUUCAUUGAGUACACGAGCCAUCCCGUCAAUCUAUGUGGUGGCGAUUGUCAUCGGAGUCCCUGCCAACAUUGCCAUUUUGGUCUCGAUUGGCACCAAAAUACGUGCCGUAUCCGCAGCCAUCUUAUGCUGCAGCCUGGCAGCUUCAGACCUUCUUCUCUUGCUCAGCCUGAUGCUCAAGGCGCAUUAUCACUUUUUGGGCAACAACUGGACAUUUGGCGAAGCUGCAUGCCGUCUCACCACUGCCUGCUUUUAUGGCAACUUGUAUUGCUCAGCACAUACACUAGCAUGUGUGAGCAUCAAGCGCUACCUAGCUGUGGUGCACCCCUUCUUUUACAAAAGCCUUCCCAAGCGCUCCUGCACGGCCUGGACUACUUUAGGUGUGUGGCUUGUGUUUUCGUUGGCAAUGUUGCCCAAUCUUCUAGUUAAUCAGAGCUACGACAUCCCUGAGCUGGGAAUCACCACGUGCCAUGAUGUCCUUCCUGCAAAUGCUAGUUCUCACAACUUCCUGGUGUAUUAUAACAUAGGGUUAACAUUACUAGGCUUCCUGCUUCCCCUGCUUGUGACCGCGGCAUGUUUUGCCUCAAUUGUAUGGCAUUUGAACCGUUCACACCAUGACUGGAGCGUCUACAUCAAAGCCAGCACCUUGGUCUUUCUCAUCUUCGUCAUUUGUUUCAGCCCAAGCAGCUGCAUACACUUUCUACACUAUGUACACGUAUUCACGAGUAGAGACGACAAUUUCUACGCCUACUUUAACGUGGUGGUCUGUCUCUGCUGCCUCCACUGCUGUUUGGACCCAUUUCUGUUUGUGCUCAUGUCUAGGACGACUGGCUCCAAGCUUUACUUUAUGACUCGCAAGGGAAAGAUGCUGAGCAUUUCCACUUAAAUUUGAAUAUUCGUCUAUACUAAUGCCCCUUUAUUGAACCUACAAAUGCAGUCUGAGUUGCCUUUUUAGAGUCAAGUGCAGACAAGCUCUGUUCUAAAUGAAGGAGAAGCUCAUUUCUGGACCAGAAAAAUGAAACCAGCCAGAGUCUUUGCUUGUCAAUAGCACAAUGGUAUCCUUGAAGUUUUAUGAUCAUUGUACAGUACUGUGCAAAAGUCUUAGGCGCAUGCAAAGAAAUGCUGUAGAGCAAAGAUGCCUUCGAAAAUAAUGAAAUGAAAUGUUUCUACAUUUAAAAAAAUACUAUAAAGAGCAGUAAACAGUAAUAAAUGAAACAAAGUCAAUAUUUGGUGUGAUGAUCCUUCGCUUAAAAAAAAAAAACAGUAGUCUCAGGUACAGUGUGUGCAGUUUUAUAAGGAAAUGAGCUGUAAGUGUUACUGAGCAUCUUGCAGAAGCAGCCACAGUUCUUCUGGAGACUUUGACUGUCACACUUGCUUCUUAUUUUUGCAGCAAAACCCAGCAGCCUUCAUUUUUUCUGUCUGAAAAGUGUCUCUUAUGUAAUAUGCUGCUUUCUUUACUGACAUACAAACAUUUUUCUGUAACAUUUAAUUUUGUGCUGGAAAACUAAUGUUUGGAAAUCUAAAAUGUUUUUGUACUGAAUCAAUAAUGUAGAAGUCAUAAAAUAAAAAUCUAUAACAAAGUGUGUACUAAAAAAAAAUAGGCUGCUUAAGACUUUUGCACAGUUCUGUACAUUUAGAAACUCUUUCAGAUAUCCCCAACAGCAUGGAAAAACUGUGUGCUAAUCCCAGAUAAAAUCGAUGCAAUGUGUAUUUGUGUCAAUAAAAAAAUUUGGAUACAGGAGUAGAAUCAGUUUUAGUUUUAGUUUUGUGUGUUUUUUUUUUUUAUCUCUGCAGCAGUAAGAAAGUGGAAUUAGCAUUCAGAUCAAGUGUGCAAAGACUCAGCUAUUUGGUUUCAAACGGUUGUCCAUUAUACAUGGACAAAACAUGGAGAGCCAUCUGAAUAGCCAGGACUAUAAAGGGCACAUUGUACUACUGUGAUGUAUGUGUGUGUGUGUGUGUGUGUGUGUGUGUGUGUGUGUGUGUGCACGCUUAGAAAGCAUGGGCGAGAAAGUUUUAAAAAGUUCAGAUCUACCCUUGUUACUAAGGGGUUACAAACCUGUAUGUAAAUAUCUUUUUGCUGUAGACAAACUGCACAUUUGAAUUAUUUUCACUGAUUCAGUUUUAGCUUGUGUUGUAAUAGAACCAUUACUUUACCACCCACAAUAAAUGCAUAUCAAUCUCA